ACGACAAUUAAACCUCGCAUUUGUCAAGUGUCAUAAUAAGAGUCUACUGUUUAUGGCCGUAAAGUAUGAAUUCAAAACUUUUCAACGGAUUAAUUUAUUGUGUUGUGAUUUAUUUAGAGUCAAUGAUAAUUGUUUAAAAUCGCUUAAUGUUUGUAGUAAUUAAAGUUCACGAAAAAGGUUAGGAAAUUAGGGAUUCAAGCACAUUUGUCAUUAUGAGUGGAAAUACGGAAUCAACAUCAAACAGUAUAAAAUUUACACCGAUGCCUAUGUCGGCCUUACUGGCUAAUUUAAUGCCACUGCAGAAUCAUAAUACAAUAGAUACACCGGACUCCAGUUACACAUCCGACGAUAGUGAUUCAUUUUGUGAAACUGCAGCAACCAAAGCACUUACAUCGAGCAACAAUGCAAACAAACAUUCGACUCCCCAAUUUAAAAUCUCCAAAAACGCCAAUACUUUCUCUUCUGAGAGAAAAAUAAUAAAGAAUGAAAGUAAUAAAGAAAACGGUAAUGAGAAUUAUAUAUCUUACCGUCCGCUCACAAUAAAAGAGUCUCAAAGUGUACAAAAACCAGCUAAAUCAAUAUUUUUAACUUCCGAAAGAAAAAAUCAAAACGUUUUCAAGCAUCAGAUCACGAAUGAGGUACCCGAACAAAAAUCAAGUUCGGCGCAUAUAAAGACGCCGGAAAUGGCGAAGACACAAUCCAGUGCACGGAAAAAUAAAGUAGCUACGCCAAAAAUAAAGACUGGUAUCAGAAGGUUUACGCCAGGAUCAGCAAAGAAUAGUCUUAAAAAGAUACCGCAGCCGCCUGUAUUACAGAACAGAGAUAAAGUUAGAUGUGAAUUGUUUCGCCAAAAACAGAAGGAAGAUCCUCCACCUCCAGAACCAGCGUCCGCGCCCGCGCCCGCGCCCGCGCCCGCGCCUGCGCCUGCGCCGGUUCCCGAGACACCAAUGAAUAGGAAACAGCUACCAGCCUCUUACGCAGCCACACCAUCCUACCCACAGGGAAUCGCUGCUCACCCUGGCGCUACUAACUCUAAAGUGCUGUUUAAAACAACAAGUAUCAAAGACAAAAAAUAUAUGUUCAUUAAAAAAUUAGGAACUGGAGGAUCCAGUGAAGUGUACAAGGUAUUAGAAGUGGGUACAUCAUGUGAAUAUGCAGUGAAAUGCGUAUCACUUGGCACUGACCAGGAGCUGGCGCAGGGCUACAUCAAUGAGGUGCGGCUUUUGAGAGAGCUGCAGAGCUCCGACAGAGUCAUCCGAUUGUAUGAUUAUGAAUACGACCGUGCGAACCAAUUCCUCCGCCUGGUGCUAGAAGUGGGGGAAACGGACCUAUCGUCCUUCAUGCGAGCUCGCGGCGCCGGCCUGCCGCCCGCGCUCGUGCUGCACUACUGGGAGGAGAUGCUGCUGGCCGUCAGCUAUAUACACGAGCACGGCGUUAUCCACGCGGACCUGAAGCCCGCCAACUUCCUGAUGGUGUGCGGGCGGCUGAAGCUCAUCGACUUUGGCAUAGCGUCGGCUAUCAGUGGAGACGCGACGAGUGUGGUGCGCUCCCAAGCUGCAGGCACGUUCUCGUACAUCAGCCCCGAGGCGCUCAUGGGCGGCGCCGGCGGGUACUCCAACAGUAACAAUAUAAAGAUCUCGUUCAAGUCGGACGUGUGGUCAUUAGGCUGCAUUCUAUACAGCAUGGUGUACGGGCGCACACCGUUCAGCCACAUAGCCAUGUUCGCGAAACUCGCCGCCAUCAUCGACCCCAACCAUCGUAUAGAAUAUCCGCCAGCCACGCAUUUACCACCAUCACUAAUAUCAGCUCUAAAGUGGUGUCUCACGUACAACGCCCGAGCGCGACCCUCCGUCCAGGAGCUCUUAUCUCUCAAACACUUGCAACCAGCCAACUCCUCGCUACCAGACAGUUUACUCGACAAACUUAAGGCCCAUGUGUCUCCAGAAGAGUUCAGGAUGUUGCAACAAGCCAGGAUAUGAUUUUAUGUGGAAUUAUGAUGGAUUUAGUGCCUAAACACGUUUGGAAUAAGAUAUCUUCCUGGCAUAUUGCUAUAGAUAUGUUCGUGGAGAUUGUAUGAAAAUGUGAACUGUGUUAGUGAUAGCAAUAUUGUAACAGAGUUACUUGUGACAAAGCACAGCCCAGUAUGUCGUCAAUCUAAAUGAGACACUCUGUUUAGAUUCAAUAGAAAGAUCUUUAAAUGUUUGCAAUAUUUACCAUUCAUGUAGAAUUAACAUAGUAGUUCUGGUCCAUGGUAGUUCUGGUUUGGCUAUAUAAAAUACCGACUAAAUGUUCUGGCUUAAUUUUUUUACCUCUAUUAAUGGACACUUAAUAUUUUUUUUUUUCAAACGACGACGAUAUUCCAGGCAUGUGUUGUGUUUUUUCGUACAUCAAAUAACUAUAGCCGAAAUUUACCUUGUUUUAUUAUAUUCGCAUAUUGAUAAAACCCAGUAAUGAACUAACUACAAAGCUAGCUAGGUUCUAGCUCAAAGAUAGUGUAAAAAAAUUGUAAAUAAUGAAAAUAAUAUUAAUUCUUUUAGUUUGUAAAUUAUAGUUAGACUUGCACCAAACUAAAGAUGCAAUAUAUUUAACUUAUUAAUAGAAAUAUAAUAAUUAAAAUAAAUCGUAUAGCUUCGAUUUUUUAUUUAUGAUCGGGGGACUUUUGCUGUCCGCCUACUAAUUGUAAUGUGAUUUUUAUGAGAGAAUAUCGUGUAUUGGAAUUUAAAUUUUAGAAUAGCAUUUUUUUAAUUGAAUGUAGAUUAUAAAUAUUAUUAAACAAUGGAUGAUUUUA